UUAGCAUGUCGUGGCAUGAGUAUGGCCUGGUAUAUCAGUAUGGUCUAUCGUAUAGGUGUGAUAUAGUAAUAGAGUAUGAUUAUAGUACUGGGUAUUKUUAUAUCAUAUUAGCAUGUCGUGGCAUGAGUAUGGUCUGGUAUCAAUAUAGCCCACCAUUCGUAUAGUUAUGUCAUACUCAUUAACACUUUGUCAUGUUACGACCAUCGCACAGUGGUACAACACAGUUAAUAUAGAUUGUGAUAAUAUUAGUAUUGUACUCUAAUUGACUUUAAUGGAAUUAAUCAUCAAUCGGUUAGCGAUUAAGUUAUGAUGACUUCAGCUUAAAUACGACCAGUUUGCUUGCACGCACCUUGAUAGAAGAGAAUAUCACACGAAAAUUUGAAGACAGUUUAAUAAAUGGUAAAAAAAUGUAGCUAGAAUUAUUGACGUCAACGGGACAGGCAUUGCUCGAAUCAAGCUGUCAGAAUUGCAUGACUUGAGCAUUAGACAAAGUAAUCAAUGUAUUCUGUUCUAACGUCAUUUUUGAAGCAACUGAACUGCAGGGGACCUAAGUCAAACGUCCGAUCAACAACAUGGAUUAACAUUUCAUUAGAGAGAUCACGGGACAUAGAAAUCCUUGAUAUGACCUCCUAGAUAGAGAUUAAGGAAGUGAUCAAGACUGCAAGAAAAAAGAACGAGAGAGGAUUAAAAUUUCUUUCUGAUUACUGCACGUGUUUAAAAUAUUUAAGAAAAUGGCUUCCAACAAGUAGCUCAGUGAAUCUUUUGUUUGCUUUGUUUUAAGUCUUCAGCGUUUAUCCUAAACGGUAGCUUGGUCUUGACUUCUCAGCUGCUCACGCAACACGAUUUCAAAUGAUCUGUGUUUAUUAAAACGUCCGGUCAAUUUGCACCUCAGCAGGUUUGGAGCACGCAUUUUAAAAAAAGAUGAAAAAUCUUGUACUUUUUAUGAUUCAUUGCUAUAAUAAUUUUUGGUUAAGAGCCAAUGUUUUUCGUGUGAAGGAUGCUGUGACUUCUAAGACAAAUAUGAAUAAAUUAAGGUUCUGUGAAAAUCAGAGCCAUUUUUUUGGUUUCAUUUCCUUCAAUUGGAAGUAUUUAUUGGCGUCUUUGGUUUUUGAGACAAAGCAUCGUACGAGAAAUGCGAACAAUUUGUACUCCAGUCGCCCCGAGCCCCUUUAAGAGGUAUCGUGUCAUUUGCAUCUUAAAGUCGUGCCAUACAAUAACAAUAAACAUCAGUGAAUGACAUCCAAUAAAAGACAAGCUUGGGUUAUCUUAACAUUGGGUCAAUUUCCUCUGAAUCAACGGCUAGUGAUCUGUUGACGUGUUGUUUACAAAGUAAUGGUACGAUUGUCUUCACCGUUCACAUUCCGACUCACGCCCACAUCUAUUGAUCGCAUAAUGGGAUGAUAACUCACAAGCAUUCAAGCCUACAAAGAACUAAAUCGAUCUACUAAAGCUCCUUCCGAAUUGAUUUUACUGGUUUAAGAAUCAGAAUACCCGAGUCAUGGCAUGGAUGAGAGGGAUUCCGAUCCAUGUGAAGGAUUUCCUCAUGGAAGAAGAAAAGGAGUCUCGGAGAAAAACAAAAURCAACAUUCAACGCGGCAACCCUCACAAAAUGAGAAGAUUUGGCCGUAGACAAUUUAACGCCGGAAAUUAAAGUUGAAAAGUAUUAGAGUCUUUUUUGCGGCAUGUGAAGGUAUUAGACGUGCUAAUCAAGGGCAGAUACUGUUUCGCAUAGUGGGAAACCGUGUAACUCGAGCUGGAACGACCCACAAACCAACCGGCUCGACAUGAAGGAUGACACAUACCGUUUUAUUACGUCUAAACCCGCCAUGAGAACAAACCAUCCCGUACUACCUCCCACACAACCAACCACUGAUAUAUAAGACAGUGGUUGCAGCCAAAAAGGACCAAGAUUUCCUUCUGCAUAGACAGUUGUGCUGCAGUUGAUUCGUCUGGACAUCGCGCCAACAUUUCAAGCCUUCAAGACAAGAAGCCUGACAACUAUCAAGUUCAACUUCACCAUGAAUUWCUACGCUAUGAUUUGCGUGGUGGCAGCCACCAUGUUUAUGUAUACUUUAGAAACUGCUACAAAGAAGCCAAACCUGAACAGUAUUCAUUAUGGCUUUGACUGGCAUUACACUAAACAAAAGAUAAAGACUGACUAUGACAGCAUCCCAUUCCACAAACAAACUCGAUUGUAUUCCAAAGCUUCAGGAAAACACCUGCAGAUCAUCAAUGGAACUGUGAACGGUUUGGGCAAGGAGGGAUCUGAAUUCGCAAAUCUAAGAGUUUUGUCAGACACUUUUGGUCGAGUUAAAAUAUUCGGAGCCAAGACCAAUCGAUAUCUGUGCAUGAACAAGAAUGGCAAGCUCGUUGGGCGUAAGAAAACUGGAGGCAAAGAAAAGAGAAAAAAGUGUAUAUUCAAAGAACGAGAAACYUCAACAGGGUACCGGGUAUAUGAGUCUGUGAAAUACCCAAAAUGGUUCCUAGCUUUAAACAAAAAUGGACGCGUUGUGCCAGGUCCUUUGAGCUCCAUGCGUAGAUUGUACCGWCAGUUCCUACCGAGGGACUACUUGAAGACCAACAGGCCACGAAAAAGAAAUUAUCGUGGAAGGGCGCGCGGCUUCUCGCGGCGUCACAGGAUAAAGAGAAGAAAGCAGAGAAAUACGUUUGGGCAAAGAAAGUCGUAGUUAUACUCCUGGCUGGAGGGCGAUAUGCGAGUGAUAUGCGAAUUCCACCGAAAACGAAGCUACUCGCAAUGGGAAGCAUGCAAGCAAGCUGAGCGACAGACGACAUAAAAUCAGGCGCACCCA